AUGCGUCAAGCGCGCUACGCUGUCGUAAGCCCCAAGACGCCGCCUCUCUCGGUGGUCGGCGCCAAAGUCAUCGCGUUCGCUUCGUACCUCACCGGCAUCGCGGUGCUCUGCCUCGUCGGACUCGACACAAUCUCCAACAACUGGGCCAUCAACAACUUUGUCGGCAACGGCUACCAGUUUUUGACGCCCCUCGCAACCGCCUCCGGCACCGCAGACCUCCUCCGGCAAUACUCGUUUGCAAAAGGCGCAAGUCUCACCGACAUGUCCAAGGUCGCCCAGUGGAUGUUCAACUACACAAUGACGCAGCUCGUGACGCCCGACAACGACAAGGUAUUCUUGCUCUCGGCCGGCACCUUCGAGACGUCGGCGACCUUGGACCAAUGCGGGUUUUGGAAAGGCGUGUACGCGGCGCCGUCGCUCACGGUGCAGCUGGGUGGAGCCACCGACUCGAUCUCGUACCUCCGCGGUCAAGCAUUCAGCCACACGUUUACCGACGACAUGACCAAAAACCUCGGGAACACUUCGAUGGGCCGUAGCCAGCUCAGUGCCCUCGGAUACACGCCCGCCCGCCUCCAAGCCGACGUCCGGUUGACGGUACCCGUCACUCUAGUCAAUGCGAGUCGCCCGCAGUCGAUGCCGGUCAUCUUCUACCGGUACUUUCCACGGUCCUACUGCACCGGGUGUUCGCCGUCAGCGACGUUUGGGCGCGGCCACUGCAACCUCACCUUUGUCUACAACGCGUCAAGCGCCAGCGUCCGCGUCACGAGCGGUGUUUUCAUCGACCAGACGCCGUACCAUCUCGGGCUCAUGCUGCCACAAAGUGUCUUUACGGCCGCGUCCAACUACCUCAAGUGCAUCGCGCUCUUGUGUGCGAUUGGCGGGUACCUCGCAAGCCGGCGCACGGUGCAGUGGCUCGAAGCCGCGCCAGGCACGAUCUGGGACUCUAUCGUGCGCACAAUCGCGCCCCGCUGCUUCCCGCACCCGUCGUAUGCGCUGCGCUUCGACAGGUUUUCGUACAACAACGACCUCUUUGUCGGGCUGUUUGCGCUCGCAGUCCUCUUGGACAUCAACCACGCCAUUACGUUCAUCCGCGACGUCAACGUCUUCAACGCCACGAGCCCGCAGUUGGGCAUGACGAUCCAGCUCUUUGCGCUCUCGACGCGUCUUCUCUGGCUCAACUGCGCGACGCUCAAGCUUUUGAAGCUCGCGUGGCAUGUCAUCUCGACUGCAACCUACAGCGGCGAGAGUCGCGUCAUGGGCUUCCUGAACCUUCGCAACGUCACGUCCCUCUACCUCUCGGCGAUCUUGCUCUUUUACGUCCCGCCGUUCAUCGAGUACAACAACGCAGUGCGCGUCGGCUUGAAAAAUACCGUCGAGCCGCUCGAUGGCACCAUCAUCGACUUGCUCGACAGCUGGUACGUCCGGGGCACGUGGGCCAUCUCGGGCGGACUUCUUCUCAAUAUACUUCUGGUGCUUGCCUUUGACCAGGUGAUCAACCGUCGCUUUUGGCGGCGCAUGGCCAACAACAGCCUCGCGCGCCAAGCCACGUUCAACAGCACGUCGAUCCUCAUGGACUUUGUCUCGGACGUGGAUGUGAACAGCGCUGUUCUGGCCUGCAAGGCGCGACGUCUUCUGAUGCUGCAGUGGUACUUUCUAUCGCAUUUGCAGACGUUUGGACUGCCAGAGAAGGACCUUUUGCGCGCCAAGAAGCUCGCGCAGCAGCGCCGCGUGUCGGUUCAACCUACAACAACCACGUCGUCCAACGUUGAUACGGCGGGCGAGAUGCUGUGCACGGUCGCCCAGGACAGCGGCCAUCACAUCCACCUGCUCGACGACCAGUUCACAGACAUUACCAGUCUCGUCCUCAACAUCAAGGUGCUCAAGGACACGUCCGUGACCAUUCACUGA